GCGGCCUCAACACACGCAGGCUGUUUUUUGCCGCGGCUCCUGCUCCCGUGCCUAGCGUGCUUGGUCCAUGCGGCGGCCGACCCAGUGCCACGCCAGCUAAUGUGUGUGUGUUGUUCUCUCUUUCCGAUCGUGUGUGACUGUGCGGCACCCUGGCGACGGUGGACUCCAUACCGUGGCGGCACCACCAUGCAGUGGGCAGCAGCGAGGGAGGAGGACUAGACAGGAUGAACGGAUCACUGUAUGAGGACUCGGCCAGUACACGAGGCUUGGAGCCCACGGGCCAGACACCGCUCCACAUCCCGGCCAAGCGUGUGGCCACCACCCUGGCUGUAUCCACCUACCCGCACCCGCCCGAGUGCCCCACGGGGCCUGACUCGGGCGCCGCUGCCGGGGUCAUCAGGCACUCCCACUCCACACAACCCUGGAACUAUCAACCUGACCAUGCCGCCGCCACGGCUCCCUUCGAUUCCCAGUAUGGCCAGGCCUUCUGUCGAGACGGCGUUACGCCCACCUACUACAAUAUUGCAGAUUCCAGAAUGGCUGACCGCAAGACUCUGGCCUUCUGGCCAAACAAAUACGACUACGCACCGGGACCCUCCUCGAUGGCCACGGAGUCGUGUCAGGCCUUCGCCGCCCAGACGUGGUGCAACUAUCCUCCCUACGGGCGUGUGGGCCAUGUUGACGCCCACGGCCAGCCCGUGCCAUACCUGACGGCGGCAGACGGUGCUCCCAAGUCUGCUAUGGAAGCUGCUGCUGGAUACCCCCACGACGGCUACCUGAGGAACUACCCCACAGCGGAGAGCAUGCCUCCUGCACCCUACCCGCCAGCGCACCGGCCGCCCUUCCCCGUCUCCCACGCAGAUGCGAACACUGGGAGUUUCUGGCUGUACGGGGGAAAGGGAAACCCGCUGUUAGGCGCGCUGGGGUCCAUCCCCCAGGAAUGGACCGGCACGAUGACGGUGAGGAAGAAGCGGAAGCCGUACUCCAAGUUCCAGACGCUGGAGUUGGAGAAGGAGUUCCUCUACAACGCCUACGUUUCCAAGCAGAAACGCUGGGAGUUGGCGCGGAACCUCAACCUCACGGAGCGGCAGGUUAAAAUAUGGUUCCAGAACCGUCGCAUGAAAAACAAGAAAAAUAGCCAAAGACAGGCGGCGCAGGAAGCAGCGAACGGUGCGGGGGGUGGCACUCCUUCUUCAGGUGGUGGCACCCCAGGACACCAGCCCAACACUCCCCAGACGCCCAACACGAUUAAGCCUUGACCAGUGCAGGGAGCCUGCCCCGCUGCCCCCAGCCUGCCUCCUGCCCCGGCACUCGCUCCCCACCCAACCCUCCCUACCAUCUCGGGGGACAUGUGGGCGUGAGGACCCCACCGGGCAGGAUCGACGGACUUUACCUGCAGUGGAUCGUGGCCUGCUGCUGUAGUGUACCGUGACCUGCUGCUGUAGUGUACCGUGACAUACUGCUGUUGUGUACCGUGACCUGCUGCUGUAGUGUACCGUGACCUGCUGCUGUAGUGUACCGUGACCUGCUGCUGUAGUGUACCGUGACCUGCAGUAGUGUACCGUGACCUGCUGCUGUAGUGUACCGUGCCCUCCUGCAGCUAAUGUACCGUGACCUGCUGCUGCAGUGUACCGUGACCCGCUGCU